GAGAAAACAUCGAUUCACAUUGCCUUCAGGCAAGGCCCCCUGCUUGAUGGAGGGCUGAUGGACAGCCAAUGGCCGAGGCAGAAGCCAACCUCGACGUGGCUGUCUACGAUGCUGAACAGGCUCUGCGGCAGGAAGAGCUCGCCUUGCAGUUGCAAGAACAGGCAGAGCGUGAGCAGGCUGAGCUGGAGUUGAUCAAGGCUGCUGUUGGCACCAUUUUCUCAGUCCGGAAGCCACGGGAUGCUGUGGCUGGGACAGCCAGUGGCUUGAAGACCAUGGCAAGGGGUGUUGGUGUGGGCUUGGCCUCGCUGGUGACCUUGCCAGCCAUUGGGGCCAAGACAGGUGGCAUCAAGGGCUUCGCCAAAGGCUGCGGCACCGGCUUGGCUACCUGCGUCGGCAGCACAGUCGCGGGGACGCUUGUUGGAAGUGGUCAGAUCGUUCGCGGUGUGGUGAACACGCCGGGAGCAAUUUUCCGGACUGCUCGUGGAGAGGUGUGGAACCCUGAGAAGAGACGCUGGGAGAAGGACUGGUAUUCAUUGCCGGAUGAAGCUGCAGAGGUUCUGGGCAACAGCGAAGCGAGCGAAGAGGCCACUUCCAGCGGGAGCCGUCCUUCACGGCCAGCGCGAAAAGUCGCCCACCGUGAGCUCUACGACUUGCUCGGCGUGGCCCCUGAGGCGUCGGAGGCGGAGAUUCGCAAGGCCUUCUAUAAGAAGAGUUUGGCGCUCCACCCGGACAAGAACCCUGACAACCCCGAAGCAACCAAGCAGUUUCAGGCUGUGAGUGACGCCUAUCGCAUACUUGGAGAUGACGAUCGCAGGCGAGCUUACGACGAGCUUGGCAAGGAUACGGCUGCAGCCAACAUGCCAAAGAUUGAGCCGGUGGUUUUCUUCGCCGCUCUGUUUGGCACGCAUCACUUUGAGCCGUACGUGGGAAGGCUACGUUUGGCACAAGACAUUGAUACUGACAUGCAGUCAAUGAUGCGGGAAAUUGUCACAGCUGAAGACGAGGAGAGCGGGCAGGUGGACAUUCUGAAGGUCAGCCGAGCCCACAAGAGGAUGCAGGUCUUGGAGCGCCAGCGUCAAGUGCAGUGUGCUGUGGACUUGGCACGGCGCCUUGACAGCUGCGCUGAGGCAACAUGGGAAGCCGACCGAAAAGCAGAAGCCAAGCACCUGUCGGAGGUGCCCUUUGGUGCGGAGAUGCUUUACCACAUCGGGUGGCUCUAUGUCAACGGUGCGGAGCAGUGGUUGGCGGGCAGUGCCUUGCGGCGCCUGUCGGCAAAAGUCGAAGCUCGGGCGCAUUUGCUGAAGUCCAAAGGGGCUUUUGCCGCCGCCGCAGGAAGAACCGCCAUCACCGUGAACAGCAUCAUGAAGACGGUUGAAAAGAAGCACAGGAAGUCGGAGAAGGGCAAGUCUGAGCCCAAGGAAGCAUCCAAGGAAGCAUCCAAGGAGGAAGUAUCCGAAGCAUCCAAGGAGGAAGCAUCCAAGGAGGAAGCAUCCAAGGAGAAGUCGGAGAAGUCCAAAGAUGAAGAUUCUCCAAGUCGAGGUUUCACGCAGACGGAGCAGGACUCACAUCCCACUCCAUCCGAAGGCCAAGCUGGAGGUCAGGUCAAGUUCAAGGACAAGUCAAAGGACACGAGGCCACGGCUCAAACCUGGCACCAUUGUGAUGCUGCGCAACCUCAGAUGCAGCGCCGAGCUCAACGAGCAGGUUGGCAUCAUCGAAUGCUUUGACGAGCAGUCAGAACGCUAUGUCGUUCAGUUCCUCAAUGAUUCUUUGCAGCCCCGAAAGCUGAAGGCAGAGAAUCUUUUGGUUGUGGAGGACUCUGCAGAUCAACCUGAAGGAGCGAGCACCUUCGGAUCUGAGGAUACUAGCGCUAGCUCGGAGAAGACAAAGGAGAAAACUGACAAGGAGAAGACAGACUCUUGGGCACCAGGGGGUGAUGAAGCUGAAAUGGCGGAGGCCUUCAAGGACACCAUGCCCUUGUUCCAUGACACUCUCUGGAGUGUGACGGCCAUUGACAUAGAGUACACGCUCGCCAAAGUCAUGACUCGGGUCCUGCGCGACAUGUCCGUGAGCAAAGAGUGCCGACAGCAGCGUGCCGAGGCCUUGCAUCGCUUGGGCAAGAUACUUCAGGAGCCGAUGAAGGAGAAGCGGAAGGUGAGCGUCGCACCUCCAAGCGAGGCGCCCGUGCUCGAGAGGCAGCUGAGCUCCAGGUCAUCCAUCCUGGCGCGCCUGCCUCGCCUUCCUUGGCGCUCUCGCAGACGCUCCAAGGAGGCAAGCCAGGAGUUUGAAACCAAGCAGAAGCAGAUGGAGGCAGCCUUGGUGCUCAUGGCCGCUGGCGCUUCGACCGAUGAUGUCGACGAGAUGCUGGCUGCAAGGACUGCGAUGGAGUCCGAGUUUGACUCGUUUCACGGAAGGGCCAGGUGUUGACCGGAGCCAAGCUGCCCGUGUGUUGCAACAUUUUGUUUUUUUGGCACGGGCACGCAUGCAAGAAACAGCGCUUGCUUCCGCCCUUCCU